AUGUAAAAUAAUAUUAAUGAAGAUAUUCAAGAUACAGGAAAAUUUACAUGCUAUGAAAAUUGUAUUUCUUGUUUAGGAAAAGUAGCAGGAUGUUUAUCUUUAAUACCUGGUUUUUGUUGUUUUCCAUACCCUUAUUAAUAAAUAAAAUAAUCUUAUGUUGGAUUGUUAGAAAAAUUCGGGAGAUACUAAAAAACAUUAGGACCAGGUUUGCAUCAAAUAAAUCCUUUUAGUGAGCAAAUAAAAAUAGUGAACUUAAAAACAAAUGUUAUUGAUUUAAAUAGAUAAAGUAUAAUCACUAAUGAUAGCAUAAUAGUUAAUAUAGAUACAGUUAUUUUUUAUAGAAUUAAUGAACCUUAAAAAGCCUAAUAUAAAAUUUAGGAUUUAAAUAUGUCUUUAUAAGAACUAACAUAUGCAUGCUUAAGGACUGUCUGUGGAGAAAAUAAUUUGUAAGUAUUAUUAGAUUAAAGAGAAGAUAUAAAUUUAAAAAUAGGAGAAUUUAUGAACGCUUAAACCAAAUAAUGGGGAGUUUUUGUUGAAUAAGUAUUCAUAAAAGACAUGAUUUUAGAUAAAAAUAUUGUUGAAGAAUUAUCUAUGGUCCCCAAAAGUAGAAGAAUAGCGUAAAGUAAAAUAAUUUCAUGCUAAUCAGAUGUUUAAAGUGCAAUACUUUAAAGAGAAGCAUCUGAUUUACUUGCUGCAGAUUCUGCUAUGUAAAUAAGGUAUUUUGAUACUAUAUAAGAUAUUGCAUAAUUUUAAUCAGCUAAAACAUUAUUUAUGAUUUUCGAUGGAGAAUAGGAUAAAAAAAGAGAAUAAAAAUGAAUAUAUAUGUAU